CAAACAAAUACACUAGUUGUCGCUUUUCAGAACGCAGAUUAACACAUUAAUACCGUGAAAAUUUUGAGUGAAGUUGAAAUUUAGCUCGUGGACUCUUGUGAAUCUUACUUACUGUUCAUAGUACCCAGUGCUUGGCUCCUCAUAAUUGAAGGCAGUUUUCAUGGUUCCAACAAUUGUAGACAAGCAUGAUUGACAAUCCUUUCGUAAGUGAUGAGGAAAGACAAACAGAUGCAUCCAAAUUAAGAGAUAAAAAUUGUUCUAAUUUCAAUUAUAACGAUGUAGCCGUCAAAUUACUUAAUGAUAAGUUACUCUUAACCGCUCUUGAACUGCAUUUCGAACUCCUGGAAAAUGGACGAGAGGUGCCGAAACUGAGAGAUUUCUUUUCCAAUCCUGGAAAUUUCGAGCAAUCUCCCAGAACAGAGCAAAUUUUUCCUAUUGUUCGAUCGUCUAGCCAAGCUACCCUUGACUCUUUGGAUUUGACCAGGUUCUCCGAAGAUGGAGAACGAGGCGUGGCUGACCGUGUUGCAGUUCUUGAAUUUGAACUCCGCAAAGCUCAUGAGACCAUAAAUGGCCUACGAAACAACUUAACUGUCGCAACAGAGUGUGAAACACCAACCCAUGAUCAAGGUGACCCGUCCAAAGAUAACUGGUGUGAGCCCAUCAAGCCUCAUGAACAGAGGGCGCUGAAUUUUUUAGUCAACGAAUACCUCUUAACUCAUGGGUACAAAUUGACGUCCAUUACAUUUUCUGAUGAAAAUGACAACCAGGACUUUGAGGACUGGGACGAUGUAGGUUUAAACAUUCCGAAACUUCCAGCCCUCCUUCAAUUAUUUCGUGACGUUCUACGGUUAGGACCAGGCGCUUACAAGUCAGCAUGCCUGUGCGAUAUUGCAUGUCAAACAGACCAAGAAGAAGAAGACCAUCCACAAUGCACAUCAAGUGAGGAAGGAUCUAUAAUCAAUUCUCUGAGUAAGCAGGCUUCAAGUGUCAUCGAACUUAAAAACGAUGUAUUGGAACUGGAAAGGCUGCGGGAUGGUGCAACUAGUGAACCUGCAGAGCCGGAUGAAAUAGAAAUUUUGAAAAGUAGAAUAGCUGAGCUCGAAAAACAGAAUGUAGAUCUUGAAAAUGAGUUGAAAAAAGUCACGCAAAUUGAGCCUGUCAAUUCGCACUUUGCCAACAGCGAACAUAGUACGUCGCCGGAGAAAUUUGAAGUCAUAGAAAACAGCAGGCAAGAAGAAAUGAAGAAACCAGAAUUUUCUCAGGAAAAAAGUGUGGGUGAUCCUCCAAGCCUAAAAACUGAAGUAGAUACUGGCGGCUCUGAAAGCAAAGAUGACGGGUCAAGCUUAACGGAUAAUGAUUGGACUCGUAUUAAUGAUUCUGAGUUAGGCAGCACAGUUGGAAAUUUACAAUUCGAACCUGAAAUUAGCGAGCUACUCUCUGAGUCUACAGAUAAUAUAAGUAACAGGCAUCAAUCAGCUGCAUUCCAAAGAGAAGUUAUAUCCAAGUGUUUCAUUAAUGUCUCCAAAUUACAUGAUGCACCUCCGAUUCUCCAAGAAUUACUGACAGAAGGGAUCUCCUCUGACCGACUUGUUCACAUCGUAACCGUAAGCAUCCUCCGAAUCAUUCCAAUUUUACCAUCCACCAAAAGGGAAGAGAUCAUCCCUCUAUUAAUUAGUGCAAUACACCUUCACCCAGAACCAUCCGAACGUGAAGUAUUACUUCAGUGUAUUUUCAACCUUAAAAAACGACCCAACGAGGAUGAACGUAAAACUAUUCUUGCCGGUAUCGUUUGUCUAGCACGUUGCUCGAACUCAGCUGUUGUUGAGGGCGAGUUAUUGCCAUUCUGCUGGGAGCAGCUGACGCACCGGUACACAGAGAGGCGGUUGCUUGUUGCUGAGGCAUGCAGUGCUCUAGCGCCAUACUUAUCACCAACAAUGCGGAAUUCGUUGCUCCUCUCGAUGCUUACGCAAAUGCUUCAAGAGGACAAAGAGGAGCUCGUAAGGGCAAGUGUAGUUCGCAGUUUAGCUUUAGUCGUGUCUGUCCUACGGGAUAUGGACAAGUACUUACAGUGUGAACAGCUUGCUUUUCUAGCUCUGAAAGACCUCUCGCAAGAUGUUAUUGAUGGAGCAACAACAAUUCUGUUGCCUGUGCUGGCUAAGUGGGCUUUAGACACCAGUAUCUUACAAUCACACCUUAUGACUAAUUUAUUAAAGCUUCUCGAGCAGCAAAUCCAAACUAAAGACUUGGAUUCUGGUACUGUUAUCAAUAAACUUUUGCCAUCAGAGGUUUGCUGUCUCUCAAUACUUUAUGCAAUACAAACAUUGUUACCAUACUUAGUAAUUUUUGUAGCCUCUGCCCCCAAAGUUAUAGAGGCCAUUCGGCCAAACCUCCCUCUUGCGGAGUCAAGAGCAGGCUUUGCAGAAUUGUGCCAUGGCUUAACCAACCCAGCAACGUUUUAUGAAUGCGAAAAUCAAAGCCUGGGAGUCAUCAUGUCUGCAUUUGACUAUUGUGUUUCGGAAUUCAAUUGGCCAGAGCUGGAUUGGAUAUUAGCCGUCAUGGUGCCAAAACUGCUAGACAUGCUAGAGAAUGUGAAAAUAAGUCAAUCAGAUAUUGUGAAUGGUUUUAUUUCGUUUUUCCGGUCGUUCACAGCAGGUCUCGGGAAAAAUGUAGCGCUGAACAAGACAAAGCCUAUUUUCAAGGAGCGAAUCCAAAAAUUGGAAGCAGCCCUUGUCAAUGUGACCACAGACUGGCCGUCCAUGACUGUGAUACCGGUUUAUAUCUUAGCUGUUUUGAUUCCACACAAGUCAGAAGCAGACGAAAUUAAAAACAUCCUUUCCAAGUUUUUAAUCUCUUUACCUCUAGUGAACGCACCGUUAGAUGUUCUAUUCUUCACUGUAGCUCAGAUGAGCCAAACAGCCUCUGCACAAGACCUUUUAAUGAGCACGCUGUGGGAAGGAGUGAUGCAUCCACGGCAAGCAGUUCGUGCCGCUUCUGCUAAGUACUUUAUGUGCGCACUGCCACAUGUUUCGCAACCCUUAAUUGUUACUAGAUUGGUUCCUGCGUUAGUCACUCUGUCAUCUGAUCCGGAGACAACCGUCAAAAUGACUGCAAUCCCAACGCUAGGUGCUCUUCUAAAUGUCUCAACCAAAAAAGAAAUACAAGAUAAGGUGUACUUCCAGUUGAAAAGUUUACUCGGUGAACCAGAACUCAAAGAAAAUCACGCCAUGUUACUACAGUUAAUCACGACACUUGGACAAGUUGCUCCUCAUUCAGAACAAUGGUUCCGUGAGGAAGUCAUUGUUCCCCACCUAGCAGAUUUUACAGCUUAUACUCUCCAACUUGCAAGUACAACCAAACGGAACGACUUGACUUUAGCAUUAGUUGAAGCCUUUAAUACAGUUGUUUAUUGCUCACUUUCAAAGAUUACUGUAGGAUCAGUCUUACUACCCAGUUUAAGAAACUUGGAUGCUUUGUGCAAAGAUAGUUAUCCAGUGCACCACGAUAAUGUAUUACUAAUGAUUAAAGAAGCUGAGUCCCGAUCAGAUUCUAGCGGAAAAGCGGCAGAGCGGUCUCCAUCGAUCAGUUUAUCCUCAGCCUCUACACAUGUGGGUCAGGGAGUAGAAGAGAUGAAACAGAAGGUAUCAAAAAUAUUCAACUCGCCAAUUGGGAAAACUUCAAACCUCUCUAAUCUUCAAAACAUUUUCAGAAAGAAAUGAAGUAUCUGCAUUAAUACAUUUUAAGUAAAUUUUAGAGAGGAAGGUGUUACUAUUGCAAAACUAAGAAACACAGGCAGAUUUCAUAUCAGCCAUGGGUUUAUUUUCUGCUGUGAUAUUUUUUGAUUCUACAAAAAUUGUCUCCGUUGAAAGUUCUUGUGCAUUGCACAUCCAGGAUGUCAGAGAGACCGAAAACUCAGAAGUUCAUUUGAUGUGAUGAAGCAGCUAUUUUGCUCAGGAAUUUAUCAUUGCAGCUAUCAUUAUUCAUCAUGGCAGCCUCUCAGUCAAUGUUUUAAACUUGUACACUACGAUUCAGAUGUUCUUUGUAGUUCGUGCUGAGUUGAGCAAUUUAACGAGUUUUCAAAAAAUCACUAGAAAUUCAUGAAAUUACAAACACCAAAGUGACAGAAUGUGUGAUUAUGAAAACUCUUUUGAGUUUUUAUCACAUGUUUCUAAGCUCAAUGUCUUUAGAAGUUGACACACAGCCUUUUUUAGCCCUCUAGGUUGCCUCGUUUCAAUCAGCACUAACUUCUCAACGAGCGCUUAGAAACAAGCUCUAUUGCUAACUGCAACUUUAUAAAAAGUUCCAGUCAGACCUAUUCUCUUCAGUCCUCCAAAAUAACGCUGCGGUUCUAAUUUUUCCGAUGACAAUCAACAAAACUUAGGAUGAAUUUGUAAGUGUGUCCUAAUUUCUGCGGUCAAAAAAGAACCAACAAAAAAGUAAAAAUAAACAACCUGCUUUCUUCAAGUUUCUGGGGCAUAUACCUUUUUGUUUUACAUGUAAAUUCUGCUAAACAUUCUGCUGACAUGAAUUUUCUUCUUCAGCAUUAAUCAUUGAGCUUUUGCUUCACAAUAUGAUCUUAUUGGAGAAAGCUCUUGAAUUGCUUCACUCAUCACAAAGAGUUCCUGAAUUAAAAUUGAAAAUUUAAAACCACUUUAAUUUGUUAAGCUUUGAUGGUUUGAUCUGAGAAUGAUGUCUGUAGUUUACGAUCUUGUAGUCUCUGUCAGAAAAAAUAAGAACACAGUUGGCAAAAACUGACUUCUAGUGAAUUUUUUAGUGCCUUAUUUCAUCAAAAUCAUAGGAAAUAAUUUUUAUUCACACAUCUGAAAGCUGGGAACAUCUCUGUUUUGCUCAGUCUCCAUGUCUUGACUUACAUUGAUGGAAAAGUCGCCAAAGGGCAAAUCAUAUUUUUACCUUAAAUUAAAUUAAUUCAAUGCAGAUGUUUAUAAAUAUUAUGCCCUUAUCAAUAAUCAACUUUUUUGAUGAAUUAUUUUCAUUCUAUCAGUUUGCUAGUUGUGCCACUGAGAAAUGUACGUAUGCGAACAAAAAUACGGAAUCUUUUCUACAUAGGUUUAAAACAAUAUCAAUGUUCUUGCAUUCCUUAAGAAACCUUGCUAUGUCCAACUUUAUUGAAAAAGAGUUCCUUAAGAGAAUGAAUGUUCGCAUUUAUACAUAUUUCCCCUACUUUGCAACGAAUGGUGGAUACUUAUUCCAUAAAAAGUCAGCUGAGUAAAGUUUUUUGAAGCUUUUAUUUUAGAUGAACUGAGUUAAAAACUGGGAUAUGUUCCACUAGCAACCAAUAGUUUAAGACUAUACCCAUCCUAAUAUAUUUAUUUUAGUAGUUUUUGAUUUUUGGUUUUUUUUAUCGCAUCUUGUACAAAUUUUUGUCAAAGACACUCUUACUUACUAUCAUCAUUGAUAUAUCUGGCAUCUGUUGAAAAGUGAAGAUUAAUAAGCAAUGAAGACAAGGUAUGACUAAUACCUCAAUCAUAAUCCAUUUUUUGUAAAAUUUAUUUUUCAUUACUUACUGUUUUUUGUUUAACAAAAAGCGUAUCACAUUGAACAUUGCAAAUAAAAAUUUCACUUUCAUUAGUCUGUCUUCGGACAAAUGCAAAAGCCAGACCAUAUUAAUUGCAUAUGAUUCGAUGAAUGUAAACUUUUUUUUUUUUUUUAUAUAAGCAUGCGUUACUUAAUGAAUCUGAAGAGAACCUCAUGGAUCUGAAAAGUGGAUUUGCAAAUUAGUUUCUCCGAUGUUAAGCUCUCUUAAUCAAAAAACUAAGUCUAAAUAAACUUAAAUUUUAUCUUUAUUUUACAAUUUUAAACAUGUAAAUUAAAUGAUAAUACAUAGAUACAAAGUGAAAAAAGUCAAAUUUUUAGUAAGGAGGAAGACACUUGAAACUUUCCAAAUGGAAACUGGCCAAAAUCUGGCACAGAUAAAACCUGUAGCUAAACGUUACUGAUGGAAAAGUAAGCAUUUGCAGACUAAUUUGAAGGAAAUGAAUUUUGCAACUCUUGUAGAACUUCACAAAUUUUUUUUAAUAAAGCAUCAUCAUGUGUCGCCUUGCGUCUAAAAAUUGGAAGGCUGGGCCAUUGUGGAGCUUAGAAAAGUUGAUGCACCCUGUCGACUUUUUCAAACUUGCAAUUUACUACAAAGCAGGGGUAGUACUCUCAACACACCAUUCAAGGUGCAGACCAAGAACGAAAAGAUUCGAGAGCGGGACAGAGACUUGGAGCGAAACGGCAUAGCACAUGCAAAAAUUUAAUUUGGCUCCUAAGAAUCGUUAAUAGCUACUGAAAGUUGAUUUUUCUGGUUAAGAUGACUCCCAAAAUCUUAAGGGGAGGGCAGAACACUAUUCUCAGGCGCAGAUUUGAAAGAUUGAGUUUUAUUUUUCGAAUUGAUUUAUCUGGAAGUUAAACAGUAAGACCAGAAGAUACCCAAUCAGUGAGUAAAGCAGAAAAAUUCAAAUCUUUGGGCGCCAAUAUAUCGGCAACUUCAAAUUCUUAUAUGUAUCGCUCAAAAUGUUUGGUUGUUAAUUAACUUAUUUACUCAGCAAAUUUUAAAUGUCGAACUACACGCCUCUGAGGAACGUCCCUUCCGUUUCUACUGUUCUCAAUCUACCUGUUAGAUGGCUGUUUGCUUUUCUCCUUAUUUUUUCUUUUUCUGCAUCUCAUUCUCCAUGUACUUCUCGACUUCCAGUAACUCCAAGGCGCGCUGUUUUUUCCUGCCAAUUGGAGUCUUAGCGUACCAUUGCAUAAAUGCCUCCUCCUCUUCUUUAUACACAGGUUCAAAGCGUGAGAGAACAUUGAUGAUUUCUGCAUGAGUUAGCGGUUGAAUCCGUAGUUGUAGCACCCGCUUACAUGUCAUUACCUAUGUUCCAAAAAACGUUUAUUCUUGAUAUAUAUGUAUCAUUAAAGCACAGUGAACUAAUUUAAUGAUUGAUUUUGUGAGAUUAAAGGUAAUCCAAUCAGUUACAAUAUGUGUGGAAGUAUUAGGCUGAAUGAAAGAUUUUCUAGAGGAACAUCAACCAGAAGACCAUCAAUUAUGCUUUUUUGGAUUUCUCCAUUUGCAUUUUGUAUUUAUUAAUUAAAUUUCUGGGCACAGGAAAUGUCUCAUGCAAAAAUUAGGCUCAGCGAGCAAUUUUUCAUGUAAUAUUCAUACCUGAAUUGAUGUUUGGUUUUAUGGAGCUAAGUGCGCAUCGUAGUUAUUUAGUUAUUGUGACCACGGAAAAAAGGAGAAAGAAAUCUGAUUAUAAGUGCUCCACUGUACGGUAAAUUUUGCAUUUCAUUGUUAAAUCAACAAGCAAAAUAUCUUUACCCUCCCUCACUCUCCCUUUCCACUUCAGUCCCACAUUCUGUAUUGAGACCUGCAUAUAAAGCACCUGAGACCUUGUCUCCACGGAUCAUUUUCCUGAGAUUUGAAGGGAUCGCAGAUCGCAGGGUUGAAUCGCAAGAAAGAAACUUCAGCAAUUUUUGCAGUUACUGUCUCUACAGGGUGGGGCGCUCACAUUCCUGCAACUAGUUUGCAUGGGGAGAUAAGCAAAUAAAAAUCGAGUGUUCAAAAGAUAUUAAUGGGCUUGGAGGACAAGGCGCAUAAGUGCACUUUUUGCUAUUUCGAUAAAUACGUUUUUGAAGUUUCAAAAUUACAUGGAUGCUUAUGGCGGAGAGAAAAUUCAGUCUGACUUUUUGAUGCUUAAAAAUUGCGACUUGGGAGCGAAUUUAAACAAAAUAUGCUUUAAAACUAGUUUUACUCGAAAUCAUUUAUACCUCAAUUUUAUCAAAAACUGCACUUAUGUGCCUUGUCCUCCAAGCCCCUCAAUUGAGGUAAUGAUUGAAGACAAUAAUUAAUGACUGAACAAAUUGUUUGAAUUAAACAAACAAGAACAAUCGAUUAAACAACAAAAUUUCACACAAUUUGCUUUCUUUUCUUCUUCCUUUCCUUGUUGAUCUUGGAGCUCUAUAAGGACUCUACUUGGUACUGCGAUGAAUAUCAAGUCAAUAUUUUAUGACACUUCAUGAGUGCAACUUUUUGCUGUAACAAAUUGCAAGAAAACGUCACGUGGAGACAAAGCCAACAAACUUUCUAAAAGUUUUUAGUGUAAUUAUUCAAUUUAUAUCAUGUUGGUUUUUAUUGAGCCUGUUGUUUUGUUAAAGUAUUUUCAAUUUAGUUAUUUAUUAAUCUAUUUUAAUCAUAAAUAAACUUUUAUUUUUAUAA